AUGAAGUUCGCACUCCUUCUCGCUUUCCCCGUGACCGUCGCUGCUUUGGCUCAAGACCAAGUUGUCCCAGCCAAAGUCGCUUGGGGCGAUGAGGCCCCUUACGAUGGUUUCGAAAUCGUCGGGGGCCAGGAAGCCCAACUCGGCAAGCACCGUUAUGUGGCUGGGCUCAAGGAGUCACCCAAUGGUAACUCCGUGUGCGGCGGCAGUCUGAUCGCCCCCAAUGUUGUUUUGACAGCGGCUCAUUGUUUGGACGAGCAUCUACGUCAUGUGGUGGUGGGCACGCACUAUUUAUCCGGUUCUGCCGACGGGGAACUGGCCAAUGUGACCCAGAAAAUCAAACACCCUGAUGGCACCGACGUGGGCAUCAUAAUCUUGGACCACGACAUCUCGAUCACCCAACCUGUGGCGGUGUCGUUUCGCUACGUUUGGGGGGGCGAUAAAGCUUGGGUACGCGGCUGGGGAAAGGUCAGGCAUAAUGGCCCCCCAUCGCAAGUGCUCAAGGAGGUCAACGUCACGGCAUGGACCAACCUCAGGGCCUCGGCUGCGUUGUACCCCUUUAGAGUGACCGUGACCGAUACGAUGUUGAUCGCAGGGACGGAAGAAGAAAACUCAUGUGUCGGUGACUCUGGGGGACCGUUGACCAUCGAAGAAAACGGUGCCGUGCGUUUGGUGGGGGUGGUCAGAUCGGGCGUUGAUUGUGGUCUGGCCGGCACGCCAGGUAUCUAUGAACGCACCAGCGAUGCUCAAGACUUCAUUAAACCGUACUUGCGGAAUUAA